AUGGAUAAACCCAAUAACACGGUGGGGUGUGAUUCGGGACUCUCCCAAUCACUGCCACAAAUCGACAACAACUUUCGUGGCUUUACCUGCCAGAACCAAGGCACCAGCAAACGGUCGAACAGAGCCAAAGGAGCAGGGACAAAAAACAAGAGCAGGAGCAAAUCCCGAGCAAAAGUGAAGGAGCAGGACUGGGAUUUCGAGAGCAGUUACAUGGACCUCCUGGGUGGCUUACAGGAGGAGGAAACCACAGAUUUAACUGCUCCAGAACUGAAAUGUCCCAGUGCUGAUGUUAGUCCAGCCCCAUCUUCACCUGAUGGCAACAGGCUGAAGACAUUUAAUAGUCAAGCUCCGGAGCCAGAGCUAAAACAUCAGACUCUUUCAAAUGUUAGUGCCGCGCCAGCCUCAGUAUCUGACACACGAGGGGAGGAUCAAGAGGACUUCUACAUUUCUGAACUGCUACAGACAAAAAGGGCAGAACGACAACUGAAGGGGAGCAACUUCAGAAGGCGUCAGUCCAGUUUUAUACCUGCUCCUCUUGGGGAAAGCCUCCAGAGCCCUGUGUGCCUGGAACCAGAGCAGGUCAGCAAUGAGGCAGUGAAAAGCACACCAGAAAAGUUCUUUAAAAAGGUGAAACCUGAGAAGAACUUUCCAGACACUAGUUUGGAACUGUCUCCGGCAUUGAAGGAAGAUACUGAGGACUCAGCACGAUGGAGGAACCUCCACUUGGAACCUCCACGUGGCUCACCAGAAGAAGACAAUGAAUUUCUGGAAGUCUCAGAGCCAGAAUUUAAAAAAUAUGAUGAGGAAGAAGACACCUUUAAUUAUCAGAAGGACUCGACUCCCACAGAGCCCCAGUCCAGUCUUUCCCCUCCUCCACUUGAGGAAUUAGAGCAAGUAAGCAGUAAGGUGGAAGACGACACGGCACAAAGGUCCUUAAAAAAGAAGGAAGAAAACUUUUUGGGGACUAGCUUGGUAGGAGAGGAGAUUAAGAAAGACACACACAAGAAGAAGGCAGAGGUGCACCACCGCAGUGUUUCACCUGCCUCAUCCAGUUUAUCUGAUGCUCCCGAGCCUCAUGACGUGGCAACAUCUCCUGUGACAAAGAACUUGGAAACAUCUGAAGAAUUUCUAGAGUCACAGAAGAGACGUGAGGAAGAGGAGGAGAGACGUCUGAAGGCCGAGAGUGAAGAGCGACUGGAAACUCUCCGCCGGUCACUGUUGGCGAAGAGGAGAGAGGCAGAAGCCAGACUGAGGGAAGAAUCAGAAAGAGAAAUACAGGCUCUCCAAGCUGAACGGGAGAGACAAGCUGAAAACAUCAGGCGGGAGGAGAGACGGAUGUCGGCUGAGAACGAGCAGAGACUGGAAACUCUCCGCCGGUCACUGUUGGCGAAGAGGAGAGAGGCAGAAGCCAGACUGAGGGAAGAAUCAGAAAGGGAAAUACAGGCUCUCCAAGCUGAACGGGAGAGACAAGCUGAAAACAUCAGGCGGGAGGAGAGACGGAUGUCGGCUGAGAACGAGCAGAGACUGGAAACUCUUCGUCAGUCUCUGUUGGCGAAGAGAACAGAGGAGGAGGAAAAACUCAAGAAACAACACGAGACAGAUCUGGAGCAGUUCAGGGAAACGCUCCAGACAAAACAGACAAAAGAAGAGGAGCAAAUCCGGCAGGAGGCGAGGUGUCUGAAGGCGAAGUACGUAGACAGACUUGAGACAAUUCGUCAGACUUUGCUGGAAAGAGGGGCAGAGGAGGAAGCCAGACUCAAGAGGGAAUCUGAGGAGGUUCUCGAGAGACUUAGAAAAAAGCUCGAAACUAAUCAGAAGAGGCAGGAAGAGAAAAUACGGAAAGAAAACGAAGCCUCCCUGAAAGGUCUGAAAACGAAACUACAAAAACAGCAGGCAGAAAUGAAAAAUAAACUUAAAGCCAGCAACAAGAUGAAGCUGGAGGAACUGCGGGCUCAGUUGGAUGACGAGGCAGAGAAGCAAAGACUCCAAAAAAAUAACAAAAAAAAAGUAGACUCUUUCGAACAAGGCCUGGAAGAAGAAAUGAAAGCUCUGAUGAAAGCCAAACGGGAUGAGGUGAUGCUCCGGUACGGCAGAAAGAUGGCUGAACAAUUCAAGAAAGAACGUCAGGAGCAUGAGAAGAAGUUAGAGCAGCUGCGGGAGAAACACCAGAAAGAGAUUGGCGAGAUGAGGGAGAAACUUGUCAAGGAUUGUAGAGAUGAAAAAGAGCAGCCGGACGUGUCUCAUGCCCUCGAUCUGGACCGGGCGGAAAUUCUCCAGAGACAAACAGAAACCUCAGCCCGAGAAUCUGAGCUCGUAAAGGUGAUCCUCAGCACCAGAGAGGAGCUGAGGAGGAGCAGGGAGCAGAGGGACAGCGUGGAGACGAGGCUCAACCUGCUGCAGGAGAAACACGACGGCCUCGAUGUCAGAAUCAGACAGCUCGAGGAAAACGCCGCCGCAGAGAAUAAUUUUGAGUGUGAUUUUAUCAGCUGA